AUGUGUUCUUCACCUAAAAACCUUUUUUUCGUACCUAUUCUAUCCGGAACAAUUGAGGAAACCUCUGGAGCUCUUCGCACAAACCACUUCGACUUCCGUUACGCUUUCUUGAAGAAAAGGAUUCAAUUGAGAUUGGCAAAAAAUUGGACCUACUUAAUAUUAAUUAUGUCAACUUUAAUUCUUACUUUCAAAUCAGCAUCAGCGACUUCGGAAGUACGUGAGAACUUUAGACUUGUUAAAGCAUCCGAUAAUCCUGCUUUUCGACAAGAUAAGAAGCUAGAAUGGCAGAAAUUCGAAAAGUUUAACGCCAAAUUUUUGGCGCUGCGCCUCAGUCACUUCAAGGUAGCAGGGUAUGAUAAGAUAAAGUUGAAGGACCUUCUCAAGGGUGCGAAUAUCUCCGAAGACCUUCUAGAUAUCGAAGUUGUCCUUCCGAAAAAGUCAAACUGUAAUAUCACUAAAUACAACGAGGGUGAAACAGCAGAAGAUAACAAUGAAGGUAUAGAGGGAUUUACCAAACUUAAGAAUGAGAAUACUUUCAAAUUAAAGUCGAAGGAAAGUUUACCGGAUGAGGAUACUGCAAUGACCGCAAGAGUGCGACUUCAUAUCUUGCUGUGUUUAUUGAACAGGCUAUUGCAAAAAUAG